CCCUCGGACCGGCCCGCCCUUUCCACGCCCCUCACCCCGAAACCGCCCUUUCCCUCCAGGGCCCGCCCUCUCUCCGCCCCGAAACCUUGCGAGUUCUAACCCCGCGCACCCCUGGAACCUCUGCGCGGGAUUCCCAGAUGUCCCCCCCACUACUCGCACUGCCUGUUGGUCCCGGCCCCCUCUCCCUUCCUUUCCUCUGGCCACUUUUCACUUUUCGGUUUGCUGUCUCCAUCCCCGCUAGCCCUAAUUUUAGCAAACUUUCCAUCCACCCACAUGCUUUUUGGCCUUCUCUCUCCUGCUGUUUUUGACGCCCAGGUUAGCUUGGCUUCUUUCGAAGCUCCUGCUGCGUGCCUACCGUCCCUCACGUUUGCUCUAUGCACAGCACCUCUGGGGCGGGCUCCCAGUUGAAUUCUGUGCAAGGCCACACAGACCCAGUCAGGGUCGAGACCCCAUGAGUCUGACGCAGAUCACUCCAUGGAUGACAUGACCGCGGUGGUGAAGAUUGAAAAAGGAGCUGGCAGUGGUGGCAGUAACGGGGGCAAUGGCAAUGGCGGCGGGGCCUUUACUCAGGCUCGGAGCAGCAGUACAGGCAGCAGCAGCAGCAGUAGUGGAGGAGGAGGAGGUGGCGGCGGGCAGGAAUCCCAGCCAUCCCCCUUGGCUCUGCUGGCAGCAACUUGCAGCAGAAUUGAGUCACCCAAUGAGAACAGCAACAACUCCCAGGGCCCAAGCCAGUCAGGGGGCCCAGGUGAGCUCGACCUCACAGCCACACAACUUUCACAGGGUGCCAAUGGCUGGCAGAUCAUCUCUUCCUCCUCUGGGGCUACCCCUACCUCAAAGGAACAACAGAGUGGCAGCAAUUCCAAUGGCAGCAAUGGCAGCGAGUCUUCCAAGAAUCGCGCGGUCUCUGGCAGCCAGUACGUAGUGGCUGCCACCCCCAACUUACAGAACCAGCAGGUGCUGACAGGACUGCCAGGGGUGAUGUCUAACAUUCAGUAUCAAGUGAUCCCCCAGUUCCAGACCGUUGAUGGGCAGCAGCUGCAGUUCGCCACCACCGGGGCCCAAGUGCAGCAGGAUGGCUCUGGGCAAAUACAGAUCAUCCCGGGUGCAAACCAACAGAUCAUCACAAACCGCGGCAGCGGAGGCAACAUCAUCGCUGCGAUGCCAAACCUGCUCCAGCAGGCUGUCCCGCUCCAAGGUCUGACCAAUAAUGUGCUCUCAGGACAGACUCAGUAUGUGACCAAUGUACCCGUGGCCCUGAAUGGGAACAUCACCUUGCUACCUGUCAACAGCGUUUCUGCAGCCACCCUGACUCCCAGCUCUCAGGCAGUCACCAUCAGCAGCUCUGGGUCCCAGGAGAGCGGCUCCCAGCCCGUCACCUCAGGGACUACAACCAUCAGUUCGGCCAGUCUGGUGUCCUCACAAGCCAGCUCCAGCUCCUUUUUCACCAAUGCAAACAGCUACUCGACAACGACUACCACCAGCAACAUGGGAAUUAUGAACUUCACCACCAGCAGCUCAUCAGGGACCAACUCUCAGGGCCAGACGCCGCAGAGAGUCAGCGGGCUGCAGGGCUCUGACACGCUCAACAUGCAGCAGAACCAGACGUCCGGAGGCUCCUUGCAGGCGGGUCCACAGAAAGAGGGUGAGCAAAACCAGCAGCCACAGCAACAGAUCCUUAUCCAGCCUCAGCUGGUUCAAGGGGGACAGGCCCUGCAGGCCCUCCAGGCCACGCCAUUGUCAGGGCAGACCUUCACCACUCAAGCCAUCUCCCAGGAAACUCUCCAGAACCUCCAGCUUCAGGCUGUUCCCAACUCUGGCCCCAUCAUCAUUCGGACACCCACAGUAGGCCCCAACGGACAGGUCAGCUGGCAGACACUUCAGGUGCAGAACCUCCAAGUUCAGAACCCGCAGGCCCAGACAAUCACCUUGGCCCCGAUGCAGGGCGUCUCCUUGGGGCAGACCAGCAGCAGCAACACCACCCUGACCCCCAUUGCCUCAGCUGCCUCCAUCCCUGCCGGCACAGUCACUGUGAAUGCUGCCCAGCUCUCCUCCAUGCCAGGCCUGCAGACCAUUAACCUCAGCGCGUUGGGCACUUCGGGGAUCCAGGUGCACCAGCUGCCAGCACUGCCACUGGCCAUAGCAAACACCCCAGGUGAUCAUGGCGCUCAGCUUGGCCUCCAUGGUGCGGGUGGUGAUGGCAUGCAUGACGAUCCAGCAGGCGGAGAGGAGGGCGAGAACAGCCCCGAUCCCCAGCCUCAGGCUGGCCGCAGGACCCGGCGGGAAGCGUGCACCUGUCCCUACUGCAAGGACAGUGAAGGAAGGAGCUCUGGGGAUCCUGGCAAGAAGAAACAGCAUAUUUGCCACAUUCAAGGCUGUGGCAAAGUGUAUGGCAAGACUUCACACCUACGGGCACAUUUGCGCUGGCAUACAGGCGAAAGACCAUUCAUGUGUACCUGGUCCUACUGUGGGAAACGCUUCACACGUUCGGAUGAACUUCAGAGGCACAAACGCACACACACAGGUGAAAAGAAAUUUGCCUGCCCUGAGUGUCCUAAGCGCUUCAUGAGGAGUGACCACCUGUCAAAGCAUAUCAAGACCCACCAGAACAAGAAGGCAGGCCCUGGCGUAGCCCUGAGUGUGGGCCCUUUGCCCCUGGACGCUGCAGCAGGCUCAGAAGGCAGUGGCACUGCCACCCCCUCAGCCCUUAUUACCACCAAUAUGGUUGCCAUGGAGGCCAUCUGUCCAGAGGGUAUUGCCCGUCUUGCCAACAGUGGCAUCAACGUCAUGCAGGUGGCGGAUCUGCAGUCCAUUAAUAUCAGUGGCAAUGGCUUCUGAGAUGAGGCACCCUGGGGCCAGAGACACAUGGGCCAUACCCAUCAACCCUGGGAUGCAAGGUAGCAUGGGUCCAAGAGGCGCGUGGGAGAGUGAACCAUGAGGCAUUAAACUGCAUGGUGUUAGGAAAAAUGGGGCAAUGAAAACGAGAAGAGAUGGGGAACCCACCUCUGUAUCAUCAGUGCCUUUUUGAAGGCGGGAAAUAUUAGUGAACAUUCUGUUGCUGCCACCCUUGGAUGAGUGUUGGACCCCGGUUUCUUUUUCCUCUUCUCACCCCAGCCUCUCCUUCCUACAUUGCCCUUUUCAGCUCUCUCAUGAUGGAUCCCCCCACCCUUUCCUAAAGCCAUCAUGCCUUGAUAAAUAUAUAUGAUCAUUGAAAUACUUUUUAACAAAAAACAGAUUCUAUAUUAUAUAUAUAAAUAUAUAUAAAAAGAUAUAUAAAGAUACAUUCACAGGGGUUGGCUGGGAGGAGGAAGGAGACCAUUGUGUGACCAAUACGCCUUGGUCAUAUUUUUUAUAUAUAUAUAUAUAUAUUGCCUUAUUUUCUGUGGCUGAGCCUUGUUUUGACACAUCAAGCUUUUCUAUGGAUGUUGUCUUGGCUUCCCACCAGAUUCAGCGUUCCUAUCUUAAACUUUUAGUUUAAUUAUACAAACAUAAUGUUUUCCCAUUCUUAAUUUUAUCUUUUUAUUUGGGAUCAGCUUCUUGCACUCCUUUCCUUGAUUGAACCCUCUCUGUCUCCCCUUCUCUCAGCCGGUCACUUCAUACUUUGUUUUUUAUAAUGAUCCCUGGAUGAGGCACUUCUGUCAAUCUUUUUAAAGACGUUAGUUCCAACAGCAGAAUGGAAAACCAUUUACACUCGGGCUGACACUUGAGGUAGCUGUGGUGGGAGUAUACAAAAUAUACUACUGACGCAGGCACCUUCUUGGCGCCAGAGAGUCAACUGCAGCUCCUCUCUUGAUUAGAAUCAGAAGCCCUUCUGUGGAUUGAACAAGAGAGGCUUCAAAGGUGAUUGUCUAAGAUCAGUUUGUAUCACCUGUGGGGAAAAAGAAAUUGGGGGUCAAAUAAUAAUGCGUAGAGGCUUUCAGUAGGGAAAAAAGAUAGGUUCAGGAGAGGAAGUGAUGCAUAGUAGCCGGACUCAGGAGUUAGGGGAGCAUUUGGACUUGGGUACCAUUGUCUUCCAGGGCAACAUUAAGCCUUGAUGUGUGAGCUUCCAAAUUCAGAAUCAGAAAGGAAAUAUCCUUCCUCCUGAACACCCUGAUGAAUUUCUUUUCCGCUGUGUUGUGAAGGGGUAUCAGCCAAUGAAUGUGUUCCAGGUUUCCAUUCUGCAGAACUCCAGAGCAAGUCCUAAGAGGCAAGACAGUUGUUCUUAAGGUCUUUUCCCCAAACCUUUCCUUGUCAUGUACUUGGCUGGUUCCUAGGGGAAAAGAAGCAUGUGAUCAAGGGAAUGAUAGCCCAGAACAAAAAAAAAUCUUGUCUUACCACUGGUCUGUAAAAGAGAUGGGGGGAGAGAUCAUCCUACUUUCUCUGUGGCCUGAUUUCAGAAGAGACUGAUCCAAAAAUUAUAGCGGCAGGGAACUCUUAGUGCGUUGGGCCCUGAGAGGUGAACGCAGCCAUGGUUGUCCUCAAGGCCCAGCCAGUAAAAAGCAUUGUCUCUCUUGACCUUCUGGUAUCUGUCAGAGAGCUUUUCACUGUGAGGAAGUGUGGAAACGGCUGUGUGGUAUGCGUGUAAUCUGUUAGGUUGGGGAUAGGUUUUUUUUUUUUUUUUUUUUUUUUUUUUUUUUAAGCUAAUAUGAAGAGAGACCUGCAAUAAAAAAAAAAAGUACCCUGAUCUGAUAGAAAGUGAAAUGUUUCUGUAUGAUUGUGUGUGUGAAUGUGGGUUUGUUCCUGUAUAUAUCUACAUACAGAUGAGAAAUUAUAUUUGAAAUUGUUGGAAAAUAAAUCACAUUCAGAUCAAAUGCCUUUCAGGCCCAUUACCUAGAAAUCUGCCUUGAAACCUGGGUGUGUUCCCGAGGUAAUCUCUCUGCUUUUGCUAAAUCAUUUACAAUUGUGAAUGGGGGAUAUUCUACUGCACUUUUUAAAGGAGGAACUAUUUUUGUGUUUCAAAGUGAAACCAACAUUCAGAGCUAUAGCAGAGUCUUGUUCUUAAGUGUGUUUUUUUUUUUGUUGUUGUUUUUAAAUCUUGGCUACAAAAGGUGAUGCUAUGAUCCUACUAUAUAUUUUAUAUAAAAGACACCCACAUUAGGUUUUGGGUAAGUUUGUGUUGUUUAACCCGAGAUACAAUAACUGUUAACACCCUAAACAAUAAUUCACUCUUUUCUCUGCAGACUUACUAGAACACUCAGGAACUGUUUUAAGGAACUUUCCCCAGUUCAGAUUCAAUUAGUGCUGAAGUCACAGCCUUCCCUGGCCAGCCACUCUCAUGCCCUUGAUUCCCACUGAAAGGCGGGACUCAGACCUGUCGUCUUCCAUCUGUGAUCAUGUACUGGGUCUUAGUGUGGGGGAAAGGAGCAGGGCCAGCAGGAGGAGGCAGUAUUCAAGGAAUGGAAUCUUGUUCAGUAUGACAUGACAAGUUCUAAACUAGCUUAAUGAUGUGAAAGAGUAUAAGCCUUUAGGUUAUUUGAUAAUGUGUCUUGAAUGAGAAGCUGCUGGUCUACCGUCAGCCCCCUUCAAUAGCAUUACUGGGAGUGACUUGACAGCCAGUUCUUUGCACUUGCGCUAUGACCUCCUUAUUACCAAGGAAACUCUAUGUCCAGUACCUUCCCUGGCCCCUUUGUCUUCCUGCGGUGAUUGAGUCAUUUAGUCUUUUCCCAUCAGAAGUUAAAAGGCUACGUGCUUCAGAAUCGGGAGCUUGCUCUUUAAAUCCCCUCUCCUGCAACUUUGGGCCAGCAGAAAUGAACUGAUGUGCUUAUUGAUCUUCAAGUUGUUUUUGCAUGA